AUGAUAAUUUCUGGAGAAGAUGGUGCAAGUGUGGAAGAAUAUGGGUGGUUUGCACUUGGUGACAGUGUACCAAGAGAAAAUAGGUUACCGUUUAAACGGCCAACCUUGCGUCAGAUUUUUCGUUCCCUCCCUUUUCUGCGGAGAUAUUUUUUGUACUGGAUAAAAUUUCUGGGGAAAAAAGAAAAACUGUUUAUCAAUGUUUUUGAACCUCUCCGACACAAACCGAACUAUGGUGUGCCUUGUGGCAGUCUGGGUUCCGGUUCUAUUGGCCGAGAUUUUCGAGGGGGUUUCUGCAAAUUUGGUCUCCGACCGGGUUUAAUUGAGCACCAGGUGGACGUAAUAAAAGCCAAUCAGUUUAUAAUAACUGUUAUGAAAAAGUCACCUGAAUUUAAACUUUCCACCACUAUUUAUCAAAAGGUUUUAUGCGCGGUCCCUAAAGGGUCUAGUAGUUCGGAACUGUAUAGUUGGGAUUUUUCUUUCCCGCCUCAGAACAUCAGUUAUAGGGGAUUGUAUCCACGUUCUUGGACCAGCUAUGAUAUACCUGAACUUAAACUGAUGGUCGUACUUCGGCAAAUUUCCCCAGUUUUUCCUAAUGAUUAUCGGUGUGAUUAUGAAGUCAGCAUCUCUUUUACUUUCCGUAACGGUACAGGCCAUCAUAGGUGGUCGCAAGAGGGACAGUGCAAGUCUUCUUUUUUUGAAAAUCAAGAGUCAUCAAGGGAAAUGAAAGGAGUCUCGCUGCAACACACAAUUAGUGGAAUGCCUUGCUCUUUUGGCCUAGCUGCUUGUACAGAAGGUGUGAAGGUUACACGCUGCAAAGUUUUCAAACCUUCGGGGAAUGGAGAAGAAAUAUGGUCAGCACUUUAUGAGAAUGGAUGCUUAGGCGACUUAGAUGAAGAAAAUGUGGAAAAUUCAAAAGAAUUAGGUGUAGCAGUUUCCGUGCAACGUGCAGUUAAAUCAGCGUCCAAAGUCUCUAAUUGUAUGGAAUUUGUUCUUGCAUGGGAUAUGCCAGUCGUUCAUUUUGGAGAUUGUAAGCGUAAUUACAAAAGGCGAUAUACACGUUUUUUUGGAUCAGACGGUAAAGCAAUUUCUGCUCUCUGUUCGCACGGUUUGAACAGUCAUUACCUAUGGGAGAAAAAAAUCGAAGAGUGGCAGCUACCAAUUCUGAGUCAUCCACAUCUUCCCGAUUGGUAUAAGUCAGCCUUAUUCAAUGAACUUUAUUUUAUGACUGAUGGCGGUUCCGUAUGGUUCGAAUAUGAUGAAAAUUGGAGAAAAGAAGAAUUACACUUGUCUGAUUACAGCGUUUCUUUGAUGAGAGAAAUCGGCCGUUUUGGAUACCUUGAAUGUGAACAGCUUUGCAAAUGUUUUGAUUUUCUUUCUAGAACUUGGGAGUACAGAAUGGUCAAUACCUACGACGUUCACUUUUAUGCGUCUUUUGCACUCGCACAACUUUGGCCUCAACUGGAACACGUAUUGCAGGCCGAAUUCGCUGACCAGAUUGAACAUAUCGAUGAGAGGGAUGUAAUUUACCACAUGGAAGGGAACAGAGGGCCAACAAAGUCACGAUUUCGCAUACCUCAUGAUUUAGGAAAUCCAGGAGUUGAUCCUUGGCUGUCAACUAAUGCGUAUAUGAUGCAUGACACAGGUAAAUGGAAAGAUCUCAACUUAAAGUUUGUUCUGGCUAGCUUUCGGGACUACAUGUGCCUGCUUAAUAAGGACAAAAAGUUUCUUAAAGCUGUAUUCCCCGGUAUAAAAAAUUUAAUUGAUGAAGCUAUAAAAAAUUGGGAUAGAGACGGCGAUGGAAUGAUAGAGAAUUUUGGAGUUGCGGAUCAGACUUAUGAUGCUUGGAGAAUGGCGGGUGUUAGUGCAUAUUGCGGAUCUUUGUGGCUGGCUGCGUUGCGUGUCACAGUGUCGAUGGCUGAGGAGCUGGAUAUGUUUGAAACAGCUGAGGAUUAUCGGGAAAUCCUUUCGCAUGCUAGGGAGGCUUUCAUUAAGAAGCUGUGGAACGGGGAAUAUUUUAAUUUUGAUGAACGUUCGCGUAGUAAAUGCACGAUUAUGGCGGAUCAGCUAUGUGGUUACUGGUUCUUACAAAGCAUUUCUCCAGAUCUUGCUAAUGACGUACGUAUAUUUGCUUCUGCUCGAGUACUGUUGAUAUUGCCUGCCAAUUUAGUUAAGUCGGCGUUGAACAAGGUUUACAACUACAACGUCUUGCGUUUUGCUGGCGGUCGACUAGGUGCUGUUAAUGGAAUGAAAUCAAAUGGGGAAGUUGAUAAAAGUUAUAUACAAGCCGAUGAGAUGUGGACAGGAAUAACAUAUGCAUUAUCUGCAUUCAUGAUCCAGCAGGGCGAAGUGCAAAAGGGCUUCGAUACCGCUUGGGGAUGCUACGAUGCAUGUUAUAAUCGAUGCGGACUUCAGUACCAAACUCCUGAGGCUUUGUACGAACACCGCUUUUAUCGUGCAAUUGGUUAUAUGCGGCCUUUGAGUAUAUGGGCAAUGCAGUGGGCACUGGAAAAAUUUUGUGACGUCUUCAGUAAAGAAUCACAUGUUUUGGAGAAACUGCGCACAGGUUCUCCAACCUUUCCCUUGAUGGAACGUUUGGGUGGGCCAAACCCCCUUCAGGAUGAGGAAGAAAACGGUCACUCUCCCACUACUCUCUGUUGUCCAAGAAUAUUGUAG